GAUACACCCUUCAGACCUUAAACGUACUCAACAUUUUUUUAUAAUUUUCGUUUUGUAAUUAAUUUGUUUGCGGGAGUAGCCAGGAUGAGUAAGACAAUAACUUUAGCUGAAGUUAACGAGCACAAGAGCGCAAAGGAUCUCUGGGUGGUUAUCGACAAUCAAGUGUAUGAUCUGACAAAGUUCCUAUACGAACAUCCUGGCGGCGAGGAUUCGUUGAUUUCGGUUGGUGGUCGCGAUGGCACACGGGAGUUUAACGAAGUGGGCCACAGCCAGGAAGCACGUGAGAUAAUGAAGAAGUUUUUGGUUGGCAACUUAGCAGCCAGUGAUAUUAAAAAGAAGCCGCCAGUUGGCUAAACAUAAAUGGCAUCUUAGGCUAAAUCGAGAGUCGAGUUCUCUGGAAUUGAGAACAUAACCAAAAUAACAAACGAACUAACGAACGAGCAGCGUGGUCGAGAACAACGACGUGAUAAGCAUUCGAAUUGAAAUCGAAUGUGGCGGAAAAUUCAUCAAAAUUAUCAUCAACGGUUGCGGCAUCUAACGCCUAACGACAGUAUCUAACAGUUCUCUUCUAAAACUCGGGCAUGACUCAGCUGAAACUGAAACUGCUUACGCAUGCUGCGUAAUCUUUACCUUGACCAAUUAAAUGAAGGGUUAUCAACGAAACUCGAAUACAAUUGGGCAACUGAUACUCUAUCUUAACUGCACAUCUAUCGCUAACCGGUCGCAUACAUUAUGUAUAUAUAUAUACAUUUAUCCAAUCCAUAUAUAUAUAUAUAUAUAUAUUCUUUUUUAAGCUUCAAAUCCUUCUCCAGCACCAAAGUAAAAUUCUACAAAAUCUAAACCAUCAUCUACGAAAGUCAGCAUGUAAAAUUAUAACAAUU